UUAGUGUGAUGGACCAGAAUGAAACAGAUCAAAUUUAGCAUUUAUUAUUGUUUCAUUUUGAUAUGCUAUCCAGACCAUUAUAGAGAUUCGUAUUUGUGUUUGUCCUGUGUAGGUAGUGGCCUUGCUAUUGGCUGAUCCCCUGUCCAAGGAGUCCUACCGACUGUGCUUAGGCUCAAGAUACUGAAAAAGUUGCCACAGUCCAACACAGGGAUCUAGAGCCAUGAUGAGUACUGUGAACGAACUUCAACCUGUAUGGAGUGCGGAGCGGCGAUAUUCCUGUGAUGAGUGUGAUAAAUCAUUCACUCAACAGUGUAAUCUGAGGGCUCAUCAGUGCAACACACAUCAACACAUACAUAGUAGGGAGAGGCCAUUUUGCUGUGGUGUGGGGAAUAAGUCAUUCCCUUGUCGCAGCCAGCUGAAGAGACAUGAUCGCAUACACAGUGGGGAGAGGCCAUUUUGCUGUGAUGUGUGUAGUAAAUCAUACAAUGAUAGGAGUAGUCUGAGGAAGCAUCUGUGCGUACAUAGUGGUGAGUGGCCGUUUUGCUGCGAUGUGUGCAAUAAAUCAUACAAUAAUAAGAGUAAUCUGAGGAGGCACCUGCGCAUACAUAGUGGUGAGCGGCCAUUUUGCUGCGAUGUGUGUAAUAAAUCAUUCAGUGAUAGUAGUAGUCUGAGGACGCAUCUGCACAUACACAGUGGUGAACGGCCGUUUUGCUGUAACGUGUGUAAUAAGUCAUUCAUUCUCCUGGGUAGUCUGAAGAGACAUCAACACAUACACAGUGGUGAGCGGCCGUUCUGCUGUAACGUGUGUAAUAAGUCAUUCAGUCGGGGGAGUUAUCUGAAAGUACAUCAACGGCUACAUGGCGGUGAGCAGCCGUUUUGCUGUAACGUGUGUAAUAAGUCAUUCAUUCUCCUGGGUAGUCUGAAGAGACAUCAACACAUACACAGUGGUGAGCGGCUGUUUUGCUGUAACGUGUGUAAUAAGUCAUUCGGUCAUAAGGGUAGACUGAAAGAACAUCAAUGGCUACAUAGUGGUGAGCGGCCAUUUUGGUGCGAUGUGUGUAAUAAAUCAUACAGUGGUAGGAGUAGUCUGAAAGUACAUCAACUCAUACAUAGUGGUGAGCGACGAAUUUGCUGCGAUGUGUGUAAUAAAUCAUUCAGUAAUCGGAGUAAUCUGAGGAUGCACCUACUCAUACAUAGUGGAGAGCGGCCGUUCUGCUGUAACGUGUGUAAUAAGUCAUUCAGUCAUCGGGGCCAUCUGAAGACACAUCAACAGCUACACAGUGGUGAGCGGCCGUUUUGCUGUAACGUGUGUAAUAAGUCAUUCAGUCGGCGGACUAAUCUGAAAGUACAUCAACGGCUGCAUAGUGGUGAGCGGCCAUUUUGCUGUGAUGUGUGUAAUAAAUCAUACAUUGAUAAGAGUAGUCUGAGGAAGCAUCUGCGCAUACAUACUGGUGAGCAGGCAUAGAGCUGUGUGGUGUGUAAUAAGCUGUUUGCUCAUCAGAGCCAUAUGGAGACACAUCGAGUGGCACAUAGUGAUGGGUGUAUUACAUCAUAGAGCAGUAGAGGUCGGUUUGAACUAAGAGACCAGUAUGUGAGUUGUAGCUUGCUGCUCAUGACACAGUUUUCUCUCUGUUGCAUGCUGUGUGUUUGUAGAGUGCUGUGAGUUAUUGCAGGUGCUAACAUUUCCAACUGAUUAGGGAAAUCAAUUGCACCCCACACUACAAAAGGUCAGUGCAUUCCGCAUUUGUUUACUACUGAUUGCUGAUCCAUACAAGCCCCUGUCUGGUUAAGAGCAAACAGAUAUGACAUGAUCUCCCACAGUUUAGUGUUUGCUUCAAUUUUUGAAGUGUAGUAGUGCAUAGUUAAUGAAACUGAUUGAGAAUGUGUAAACGAUUCUGCAGCAUUAUUUAUGAUGACCUCUUGAAGUUUGAAACAUGUAGGGGAACAUCUUUCCACAAUAAACGAAUGAUGAUACAUUA